AUGUCCUCAGUCAAAGUGGCAGUGCGUGUUAGGCCAUUUAAUAGCCGAGAAAUACAACUUCUUUCGAAAUGCGUCAUCGAUAUGUCAGACAAAAAAACAUAUAUAACAAGCAGCUCAAAUCAAACCUACAAUUUUGAGUUUGAUUAUUCUUACUCAUCAUUCGACAGGAAAGCUGUCAAUUAUGCUUGUCAGGAUAAGGUUUAUAAAGAUAUUGGUGCUGAAAUGCUUGACCACGCAUUUGACGGAUACAAUGUAUGUAUAUUUGCUUAUGGUCAAACCGGCUCCGGCAAGUCGUAUACAAUGAUGGGUAAAGUAAAUGAUCUUGAAGAAAUGGGAAUGAUUCCAAGACUUUGCCGCGAAAUUUUUAGUAGAAUUAGUGAAAACAGAGAGAAUCAACAACUUAAGUAUACUGUAGAAGUUUCAUAUAUGGAAAUUUAUUGUGAAAAGGUUAAGGACUUAUUGUGUCCAAAGAAUGAAAAUUUGAAAGUUCGAGAACAUCCGAUUUUGGGUCCUUAUGUGGAUAAUCUCGAGAAAAUGGCUGUGUGCUCAUAUGAAGAUAUUUUUGAAUUAAUGGAUGCUGGCAAUAAAGCCAGAACAGUGGCAGCUACAAACAUGAAUUCAACAUCAUCGCGUUCACACGCAAUUUUUACAAUUGUGCUCACUCAACGAGAGCAUGUUAACGAUUUGGAUACUGAAAAAGAAGGAGCAAAUAUAAAUAAAAGCCUGACUACACUUGGACUUGUUAUCAAAAAACUGGCUGAACAAUCAACAAAGAGGAAAGGAAAGCAAUCAAGGACGGCUGUCAUACCUUAUCGGGAUUCUGUUCUGACAUGGCUUUUGAAGGAAUCUCUUGGAGGAAAUUCAAAAACUGCAAUGAUUGCUGCCCUAAGUCCUGCUGAUGUUAAUUUUGAGGAAACUCUGAGUACACUACGAUAUGCCGAUAGUGCCAAACAGAUUAUGUGCCGUGCCAAAGUUAAUGAAGAUCCAAACGCAAAACUUAUAAGAGAACUAAAAGAGGAAGUAUUAAAACUUCGUUCUCUUCUCAAAAAUCGUGGAGUUGAAGUAGGAGAAAACGGUGAGGUUUCUCCCGAUACAAAAAUAUAUUCCGGUGAGGAGGAUACAAUCGAGCAACUAAAAACGUCAGAAAAACUGAUUGCUGAAUUAAAUGAGACAUGGGAGGAUAAGCUGAAAAAGACAGAGACCCUCAAAAAACUUCAAUCGGAAGAACUACGCGAGUUGGGGCUUGCAACAUCAGCUGAUGGCUCGGCACUUGGAGUUUUCUCGCCGAAAAAGCUUCCGCAUUUAGUAAAUUUAAAUGAAGAUCCAUUAAUGAGUGAAUGCCUUCUAUAUUAUCUCAAGGAGGGCAUAACAAUGGUAGGACGGCAUGAAGCAAAACCGAGGCCAGAUAUUUUGCUUAGCGGUGAAUAUAUAAAAAAUCAACACUGCCAGUUUGACAAUUCCUCUGGAUCUGUUUCCGUUGUUCCCAUCGAGGGAGAAAUCUUUGUUAAUGGAGAGCCGUUGCAAUAUCCCCAGGAAGUUAGGCAAAGCAAGCAUAACCUAGCCGGAGUUGCUUCAUCAAAAGAACCCAUUGACUGGCGCUUUGCUCAAAACGAGCUUUAUCAAUGCCAAGGCAUUGACUUGAAACAGGAAAUGGAUAAGAAAAUUGUGGAAAUAGAGCAACAGUUUCGUAAGGAAAUGGAACAGAUGGAACGUGAGCAUAAACGAAGAAAUAACGUAAAAUUUAAUAAUUAUCCAUGCAAAUACAUAAUAUUUAUAAAGGAAUAUGAAAGUCGAAUACAAAGCUUACAAAAGCAAGUUGAUCUGGCCCAAAGUCAACUUAUCUCUUCUGGCUGCUCAAGCUGGAAUAACAGUGAAUUUAUAUUAAGCAAAAGUCUGCUAGCUGAGGUCAAUGAUGAUCCAUGGACACCUGAUCUAACAAUAAAGGUGCAUAAAGCAGCUAUGAAAUGGCGUUAUUAUCAGUUUACUUCUGUUCGCGAUGAUCUCUGGGGAAAUGCCAUUUUUCUUAAAGAAGCAAAUGCCAUUUCGAUUGAUUUGAGGAAAGGAGUAGAGUAUCAAUUUGUUCUUUUAACUGAUACAAUGUACAGCCCUCUUCCACCUGAACUAUUACCACCCGGUGAAAAUUUGAGUUUGAGGCCUUAUCCCAAGACUGUUGUCGCUGUGGAAGUGAGAGAUUUAAAAAACGGUGCUAUUCAUCAUUGGAGCUUAGAAAAACUUAAAUCAAGACUAGAAGAUAUGAGACGUUUGUACAAUGCCGAUGUAAACGAUGCCACUCCUGAACGUCCUGAUUUGAGAACCGUAGGUGAUUUGUUAAACAUGAUGUUUCCUGCAAGUGGAGCAGGAUUAGCCCCAGAAAGAAUGAAAUUGCGAAAGAAAACAAAAGAAUUGCCCAUUAUGGAGGAAACGAUCACCUCAGAAGAUAAUUUAGAUAUUAACGAAAAUAAUAAUUUGGAUGAUAUGUGGCUUGGGGCUGAUCCAUUUUACGAGCGCUUUCCUUGGUUUCAUUUAAUUGGGAGUUUUCUUCAUCGUCAUGAUGAAGCUUUUUCAACUGAACCAGUGAAGGGAACAGCAACAGAUGGAACUAGAACGCUAAGAUAUAAUUAUGUUCAGGAAUUAAAAACUGUAGCCAAUCCGGCAUUCAUUCAUUAUCUUCAACAUUUCCCAAUGAUUUUUGAAGUUUUUGGGCAUUUAACUAAAAUUAAUGUUAGCAGCAUGUUUGCCAAUGCUUGCCAAGAAAAACGAAACCCAGUUGUGGCAAAAUAUGAUCUUUUAAUUUGGUUUGAAAUAUGCGAAUUUGGAAGUAAUGGAGAAUAUCACCCUGCUAUUGUUGAUCACGCAAAUGGCCUUCCAACACACGGUGUAUUUCUCCUGCAUCAAGGGAUUCAAAGACGUAUAAAAAUUACAAUUUGUCACGAAAAAGCUGCAUGGGAUUCUUCAUUACAUAAUUCUUCACUUUUAAAUCGCGUUUCUGGUUAUGGUGAACAAGUUUACAUGACAAUAUCGGCUUACAUGGAGCUAGAAAAUUGCUCACAACCAGCCAUCAUAACAAAGGAUGUUUGCAUGCUCAUUUAUGCGAGAGAUUCGAAGGUUAGCGCAGCUAGUCGCUUUUGCCGUUCAUUAAUUGGGGGAAUAUCCAAAAGUCCUGAAAUGAAUCGAGUACCUGGAAUUUAUUUGCUCACGUUGAUGCAGGAAAAUGAAGAAAACAGUCCUGAUGUUCGCGGAGAGGAGAACCUGGGAACAUGGAGGCCACGAGGAGACUCAAUCAUUCUCGAGCAUCAAAUCGAAUUAGAAAAGCUUAGUAAAUUGCAGCAAGUAGAGCGGAUGAGACUGUUUCUUAAACUUAGGCGUUCUAGAAAAUUGGGCAGUGGGGAUACACCAAUGACACCAACAGCUCCGAAAUUUCAAAUUCCAGACAAAAUUAAGUUAACGCCUUUAGAGAAGAAAAUUGCUGAGAAAGUAAUCCAUCUGAUUAAAUUAAGAAUUCCUGUCAACAAGGAAUCUCCAACUGGAAAGAAGUUAGAGGCUCUGAGUAGUGAAAGCUCUCAAAGUGGUGGAAGUGUUGAUAGCCGUAACAAUCCCGCUACCUUGGACGUUGUAACGAGGAGUAGAUCUCGAUCCUUUGACAAUCUGAAUGCCCCAGAUUUGGGAAUUGGAGGCGAAUCGUCUAUGAAAAGGUCAACUUCAGGCAAUUGCAUGUUCAAGGAUGAAAAUUCAACAAGACUUUUGCCUGAUGUAACAGAAGAGCGUGUAGGCUUAAUUGUUUCAAGAAAAGGAUAUAUGAAUUUCAUGGAAGGAGUGCGCAAUGAAUGGAUUAGAAGAUGGGUGGUUAUUCGAAGACCUUAUAUUCUGCUAUAUAGAGAUGAAAAAGAUUUGGUAGUAAGAGGCUUAAUAAAUUUGGCAAUUUCCAAGAUUGAAUAUGAAGAUGGACAACAAUUGGUGGUUGGCAUGGAAAAUGCCUUUUCUGUUUAUACAAAUAAUCGGGCAUUUUUCAUGCAACCCUUGGCAGGGGAAUGCGUUUUCGAUUGGAUUUAUGCGUUAAAUCCUCUUCUAGCUGGUAAGAUUAGGUCGAGGCGACUUACAGAAAUACCCAAAAAGAUUAGUAAUGCAUGA